UGUGUCGCAAGCUCUUCUUACACAUUACAAUUACAGCUGUAAUAAUUAUUCCAUUUCCCCUGCAAUUAUUGAUAAAAUUAUAAAUUGAAUGUUAAACGUGUAAAUAUUAUGAGAAUUUUAUUGUUGGUAUCUACAAUUGUAUUGGUGGAUUGUAAGAUUUUUACUGCUCCCAUUCUAGCUACUCUCAAGAGUAAAGAUUUACCUGAGGAUGCCACUCUCGAUUACGCUUAUAUGACUAAGAAUAGGGGAAAUGUGCCAAAAAAUGAACCUAAAGAAGUGGCAAAUGUGGAAGAGGUGGAACAGGAAGGUGAGGAGCCUGGAGUGAAAAAUGAGAUUAAGGGGAAUUUAGCCUCAAACAAUGCCCAAAGUGGUACUUUUGGCGAAAACAGUGGGAACAUGAGCAAUAACACAAACUCAAACAACACUACGACCACGAAUAAUUACCAAACAGCUGAAAAGGGUUUCAAAGAUGCUGUCCCAGUAGGAGCUAUGCAGUCAACUCCAAACAAUAAUAUUAAAAAUACCACAGAUGCUUCACAUCAUAAGGGAGAUACAUCGACAUUUGUGACGAAUAAUUUCUAUAAUCCGCCUAACAAAGUCGAUAAUACAUUAACAAUUGGUGGCCAACUGGAAUACGAAUAUUUAUGGAAAAGAAUUUACGAUAUUGAUACGAAAUUAGCGGAAUUACAUCCUGUAAUGAAAAGCGAUCAACCUGGACCUUUGAAGAGAAAAGGGCUAAUUAUUACCUUUGAUCCGGAAUCUGACCCCAAUAAUAAAACCCUGAGUGUAGAUAGUGACGGAAUACCUAAUAACGUUUAA